AUGCCUUCGAAAUUCCCAGAGAUCCAGGGUGGAGGCUCCCUGAUUCUCGCAUGGCAGAUUAAAGGCAGAGAAGUCCUCGUAAUCGGUGGUGGUGAGGUUGCGGCGGGCAGGAUCGUCAACUUGCUCAAUGCCGACGCCAAAGUAACAGUGGUGUGCCCUCGCGAGGGCUUGAACGAGGAGGUGGCAUUCCGCGUAGACCAAGGACAGGUCAAACACAUCGACCGAGUAUUCCUCCCUCUCGACCUCGAGCCGGAAAAGAAUGUCGCCAUGGUCCUCAGCGCGAUCGAUGACCCUGAUGCAUCCACGCGCAUCUGGAAGUACUGCAAGAAAUUGAAAGUCCCCGCCAAUAUCGCUGAUGUGCCUCCCGAAUGCGACUUCUACUUUGGCAGCGUCCAUCGCGAUGGACCCCUCCAGAUCAUGGUUUCUACCAACGGAAACGGCCCUAGAAUGGCGGCGGCUAUCCGCAGACAAAUUGGUGAAAUGCUACCCGAGGGCACGGGGGACAGCAUCAAGAAGGUUGGGCAACUGAGGAGGAUGCUCCGAAAGAUUGCGCCGGGCAAAACCACACGCGACAUCAGCAAGAGGAUGGGCUGGAUGAGCGAGGUCUGUGAUAAAUGGAGCACUGAGGAGUUCAACAAGAUGAAUGAGGAAGACAUGGACAAGCUGGUGCAAUUCUACGACAAGGGCAUCGUGCCGAGUUUUGAACAGAUUCGGCUAGGAUAUCAGCGAGACGUGGUGUGGGAGUUUGACGGGUCAUUUGGAUGGAUGUAG